AUGAGUUCCAUUGGUACUGGGUACGAUCUAUCGGCUUCACAAUUCUCGCCAGACGGACGUGUAUUUCAAAUUGACUAUGCUUGCAAAGCUGUGGAAAAAAGCGGUACCGUUGUAGGCCUAAGAGGUAGAGACGGGGUCGUAUUAGCGGUAGAAAAAAUCGUAACCAGUAAUUUGUACGAAAGCGAUGCAGGAGCCCGCAUUUUUACAAUAGAUAAGAAUAUUGGUCUUGCGAUUGCUGGCCUGCUGGCUGAUGGCCGGUACAUUGUUGAUAUAGCUCGGCAAGAAGCAGCAAAUUACAGACAUCAAUUUGAACGCACCGUCCCCUUAAAACAUUUAUGUGAGCGCAUAGCAGCUUAUGUUCAUGCGUAUACUCUCUACAGCGCUGUACGACCAUUUGGUGUUUCUGUGCUGUUGUCAGCUUGGACAGAAGAGCAUGGUCCCCAAUUAUAUAAAAUCGAACCAUCUGGUUCAUCUUUCGGCUAUUUUGCGUGUGCCAGUGGCAAAGCUAAACAACAGGCUAAAACUGAGAUGGAGAAAUUUACCUUCGCAGAAAUGUCGACGGAGGAUUUAGUACAAAACGCUGGUAAAAUAAUUUAUCAAGUGCAUGAUGAACUGAAGGACAGAGACUUCCGUUUCGAAAUGAGUUUGGUUGGCAAAGCAACAGACGGCGUACAUCGCAUUAAUCCCAAACCCUGGCAUCCCAUGGCCAUUGAAGCAGGCGAGGCCUUUAAAAAUGAGGAUGAUAGUGACAAUGACAUUUAAAGUUUCGUUUUCUUUCUCCACAUAUUCGUCAAAAUUGUUUAAAUUGUUGAAAAUGCUGUGGUUUAAUAGUCCAAAUACAAAUUUCAUCAAUUUUCUAAACGCAAUAUUUCCCUAUUUAGCUAAGUUAUGGUUAGAAGUGAAUUCAGAAAUUAAACUAAAAUAUAAAACCCCAUAAGCUUCAUAGAUAUAAAAAAUUUAACUAAGGAUUCUUUAAAAUCAGGUUUACACACAGAUUAUUUAUUAUAUUAUCAUGGUUGCAAAUGAAAAAGUGCUUCGAUAAAGCGAAUAUCGUCUGAAUUACGUCUACGUAAUUUGCCACGAUCACAAUACUUUCAAUGACGAUAGUUUUGAUCUGACAUCUAAGAAGAGCCACACGCCUACAUACACACAAACACACACAUACAAAAGCGAGCAAACAAUAUGUUGCUCACAAUUCAAUUGCCUUUUUUUCCCUUGGCCUUUUGAUUUACUUGCAGGCCUAGUAAGAUACUAAUUUGGCGGAAGAUUCUAAGGAUGUC